GCAAAAGUGGUGCUCUGUCUGUCUCCCUGAACUGGGUUUCUAUGUAGGCGGUGCAUUCCAUGGGAGGGAGGGUGCAUGUGUGUGUAGGGGGGGGAGAGCCAUCCCACACUCAAGUGAGCUCUUAUUUAAUGGGGGUCUCCAUGCAGGACAGCAAGCAGAAGAGAUUUUCCUCCUCCGAGAUUCUAUUCAGAGGGAGAGGUGCACAAGCCAGUCAAAGGCAUGCCACACAUUGCUGAAAUAUCCCUGGAGGAAGCAGUUCAUAUGACCAAUCAAGAAUCCGGAAUGGGUGUCAGGGAGGAUCUGAAGAAAAUACGCUGUGCUGUGGUUUUUUGCUUGCUGUCUGUUCUAGUCCUGGCAUUACCCACAGCCUAUCUGCUGGUUGGAAAUCUCAGAGCCCAUAAAUCUGGCCCGGCUCAGGUUGCAGAUGAAAGCAUGUCUAGAUUCCUAAAGCAACAGGCAUCACCGAUUUCUUUAGUAUCCAGUGCAGGAAAGCCAAGAGCACACCUGACAGUUAAGAAACAAGAUAUUUCUCCCCCGAUGGGAAACCAGCUGCCAGUUCUCCAGUGGGAACACGAGCGAGGCUUAGCCUUCACCAAGAACAACAUGAACUACACCAACAAGUCACUGAUGAUUCCAAAGGCCGGGGAUUACUACAUCUACUCUCAGGUCACUUUCCGAGGGCCCACUCCAAAUCACAGUAAACCAGUUUCCAUAACGCAGACCAUCACCAAAGUCACGGACAGCUACCCUGAGCCUACCCAACUACUGACUGCCACCAAGACUCUGUGUGAGAUGGGAAACAACUGGUUCCAGCCUAUUUACUUAGGGGCAGUGCUUUUCAUGGAGGAGGGGGACAGGCUGAUGGUCAAUGUUAGUGAAAUCCAAUGGGUGGAUUACACUAAAGAAGACAAAACAUUCUUUGGUGCUUUUUUACUGUAGGCUUCUGACAGCAACUGCUCCUAAUUAGGGUCCUGAUCAAAUGUAUCACUAAAGUCACACAGGAGUUUUGCUAAUGAUUUUAGUGAGUGCAGGAUCAGGGUGUCCUAGUGCCGAGCAUCUGUGCUCUCAAAAGCCUGUAUUCUCCUUCACCUGUGUGGCUGGGUGCCCAUCAUUGUCCUUUGGGGGAGGAAAGUUGAAUUAAACGACACAUCACCAAAUAGAUCACACCACACCAAACCACUAAAAAACACAGGGAGGCAGAGGAGAGAGAAAUACAUUUCCAUGCUAAAGCUAGGAACCUCUUGAAUACCUACAAGUGGGGCAUAAAUAGUUUAUAGGUGACGGGGAACAAACAAAUCAAUUAAGCCUAUAUUCCACCUCUAAUAAACAACCCCCCUUUGCCUUAAACAACCACUUUAAACUGUUCAAGUUUCCAACGUAAGUUUGUUUGACCUUUCUUCAGAUUGCCCCUUUCAACAGGCAAUUACUUCUUGGCACUCUUAAAAAGAGAUUUGCUCAGUACUUUGUACUAAUAUAGAAAUGUAAAUCUUCAAGGCACUGUGUAAAUCAUUAACUGUUUAAUGAAUCCCUAACAACUGCCCUGGAAAGUAGAUUAAAAUAAUUUCUUGCAGUUUGCAAAACAAACCAACAAACAAAAACAUUACUGAUAUUUUUUCCCCCAAGAAAUUUUGCAGAAAUUGUGGGCUAUGUUGUUCUGCUGCCCAGAAAUGGCUCUUUUUAUACCAUUUCGAAUGGGUUGUCCAUUUUUACACUGGAGCAUGCAAAAUGUUAAUGUUUCAUUGUAAAAAUUCAUCUCACUCUGAAAAAAGUCCUAAUAUUAGAACGGGUUGGAAAACUGGGUCAGGAGGAGAAAUCUUGGGGGGAGGGGAUGAGAUUUUUAUUGAAAUUUUGAGCAAAACUUUCAGAAAAAUUUCAAAUUUUGAAAACUUUCAACCUGCUGUACAGCAGAUAAGUGUAGUCACUCAGAAUAGGGACCAUUUUGAAAAUGUGUUAUGUUCCCUCAAAAGUGAUGUUUUAGUUUGGUUUGGUUUGGUUUGGUAGCUUUUUGAGGAAAGAAACCACAACAUUUUAGAAAUUUCCAUAUAUUGAAAACAAAAUGUUUUCUCCUCCUCGCUCCCUCCCCCGCCAAGAUGGCCAGAACUCCCCUAUACCCAGAUGCUCACUCCGGCAGUGAUUUCUGAAAGGAAAGGCUGCUGUAACUUUUUCUAGGCACUAGGCUGGCUAGCACUAGUGGUUCCUCUACACAGAGAGCGGGGUCGAUGUCACGGCAACAGUGGGAGUAGGAGGUGUAGCCAGGAGCAGAACUCAGGAACUUUCCACUGCUAGUCUCUUGCUCAGUCUUCUAGGUCAUACUGUCUCAGGGAAAUUCCCUGGCUUUCCCACCACUCCCGUGAUAAACAAUUCACUGAUGACUAUUCAAGUCAUGUUCUAAUAGACUCGAGCUUUAUAUUCUUAAGUGCCCCUAGGCCCCAAGCUCAGUCAUGUAAAGAACCCAAAGAAUUAAUUUUGCAGCUAGACACACACACUCUCUCUCUCUCUCACUGGAACUUCCUCCACUUUCAACAUGUCUUUCCAUGUGAUCAGUGAAAGUGACACUGCGUUAUAUAUGUACUCAGAGUGCUUUGCUGGAUUGCACAUUGCUAAAUGUAGCUGAGAUAUAUUUUCCUUCCAAUGCAAGUGCAUGCCUCUCAUAAACCAAUAAUGGGAAUCACACACAUUAGAGAAUUCUAGAGAUCCUGACAAGGUUUAGUUGAUGAGUUCUAAUUUAAGGCGCGCGCGCACACACACACGCGCGCACACACACACACACACACACACACACACACACACACACACACACACACACACACACACACACACACACACACACACUAUAUAUAUAUAUAAUGCAGCUAGACUGGCAAGGAAGCCAGCCUGUUCUCUCCAUUGCAUUCCUCCUUCUAGCAGGAGAUAGCUUAUUGUUGCAUUAACGUAGCUGACAAAAUUAACAGAAUAUAGGCUCUACAAGAGUGCGGUGGAGGGGAGGAAGAGAAAAGAGCCAAGGCAAGUUGAGACAAGCGGGUGUGGGGGAGAUGGAGAGAGAGACGCAUGGAAGGAGACAAAAUGAUGCAACCGUAGCAUGGUCUGAGCAUUGCCUCCAUGUCUCUGUACAAGCACAUCAGUGCUGGAAAACUGGCUUUGCUUCAGGUUGGUUGCAAAGGUUCUCCAUCUUUUUCUUACUGCAAACCCCUUUGUAAGAGAAGAACCCUCCCAUGGCCCACUCCUCCACCCUUCCCAUCCCCCUAUCACCUGGCUCUCUUAAUAUCUAUCUCAGAAGGCAUCUAUCCCCAUGAUACUGCUGCAUCCAAAAGCAAUUAAGAAGCACUGAACAUGCCCCACAAGAGCUUGGCUAUUGCAGUGCUCCCAGCUUGCAAGUUUUUAAAAAAACCUGGUCUUUUCUCUUUUUGCCUCCUGCUUUUCUCCUCCUAGUUGCCUCGUUGUGAGUUAAGCCCAAGGAAGGUACCACUGUUAAGCUAAGAUGCUCUCAUCACAGCGCACCUGUCCAGGACAGGUAAUUUUCAGCAGCCUGAUAUUAGCACUUCUGUGAAGUGUGUCCGUGAAGGCAAAAUUCAAGCAGUUCUAUGACAGUUAUAGAAAUCCACAUAGUUCUUUGUUUCUAGAAUGGGGUGCUGUGGCAUUAUUCUUUGAUCAUGAUGCAAUCCCAAUAGAUUUCUACACCUGAUUGAAAUAUAUAUCAAAAUCAAGUCAUCAAUUCUUAAUGCCUGGUGCACUAAAUCAUGGUAAAAUGAGUUUAAGGGAAAGGAGUGAAACGUACAGUACAUGGUACAUAAAAAGAAACUAUUGGAGAUAUUUAUAUACAGAUAUAGAUAUAUUCUGUUCAUGUUCUAGGAAGUCCUAGAGCAAUAAUAAGUCUUUCCUCACAUGAGACGCAUACAAUUUCUUUCCAGUGUAUAUUUAUCAUACAUUUCACAGCCCAAAAUAUUACCAGCCGCAGUCCCAGAUUAGCUAUCAGUACGCCUCACUUCCACAAAACAAACCCAUAUUUAUUUAUUUUCCAGGAGUCUGUAUUUAUAGUCCACUUAUUGUAAGCUUUCAUAUGCAACUCCUCUUUGUGCUAUCACAUUUAUGUACGUAAGUGAUUUUUCUCCCGUCACUUGUUUUAAAGUGGCGGUGGCAUAUUAACCCUGCACAUAAUCUCCAGUGGAAACUUUCUCUGUUAUUUGUGCUUCUGUAACAAUGAUGGUGACCAGUAUGUAUAAAAAGAAACUGAUUCUGAUCUCACUUCCACUGGUGUAUAUCAGAAGUAUCUCCACUGAGAGGAUAAUCAGAUCCAGGCAGUUAAGAAUGCUUGCAAAAAGCAUGUAAAAAGUACAAUGGGAAACAAAUUUUUUAAAAGUUGAUUGAAACUUUGAGACACUGUCAAGUAGCUUGAGCUGAAACUUUGGAUUUUGUAAAAGGUUUUUUUGUUUUGUUUUACAAAAGUGAAUAUGAACAAUAAUGUUCUUCUAAAGGAUUUUCUGAUUCGAUUCAAUGGAAAUAUUUUUUUCCUAAUUUAAAUCAUCCCCUCACAGAUUUGGAAACCCACAGACAUCAGAAUUGUUCUAAUGCACGAGCAACAGAGAAUGAAACUGACUAUCACCCCCAGUCCCGCACACACUUAGGUGUGCAUAACUAUAACUACAUGAGUCUUUCCAUUAAACUUAAUGGGCUCCUCACAUGCUUAAGGCUAGGCAUGUGACUAAGUGUUUGAAGGACUGGGGCCGACAGGCAGAAAAUGAAAUUGAAUAGCCCAGUGAGUGAAAUGCAUAAAGGAAACAACCGCCACAAAUAGUGAAGAAGAAAUUAUGUUUUUUUAAAUGAUUUAGACCAUGAUCCUGCAAGGCAAUUCUCUUGGGCAGACCCCUGACUGCAAAGGGAGUCUCCGUGGCCAUAAGGAAGUGCCUGCAGAGAUCAGAUGAAAGGAUCAAGGCAUUAAAUCUCAAUUAUGUGUUAUUAGAAACACAGAUUAUGACAAAUUUUUAAAGAAAUCUGAUUUUUCACCUUGACAGUGUCUCCCUCCAACCCACAAUGUGCUUUGUUUAAUUAACAUCCUGACUGGCCCAUCAUUUCAAAAGAGAACUAAGGAGAAAUGUCAUUCUUUAAAAGAAUCAGAUUGAAUGUCACAAAUAUUUGCCCGAUGUGGGUGUUAGAGACCAGUAUAGCAUUUUGCUAUAGUAAUAUAUUUUCAUAUAAAUAACUGUAUUAUCUUAUAGUACAAGCUGUUUCCUUCAAGGUAGAGUAGACUUGGCUUACUGUUUCCAAAGUUUUAUAAUAAAACUAAAUAAAAUGAACUAUAUGCAA